AGUAGGCUGCAAAGGAGUCAGACAAUCCUUGGAGAAAUGCCAGGUAAACAGUUGGAGGAAGGGCCAAUGGAGGUGGCCGCUGUGGAGGAUGGAGGUGAUGAAGGCCUGGGGGGCCUCACAGUCGAGGAGCUUCAGCAGGGCCAGGAGGCCGCCCUGGCCUUGGAAGACAUGAUGGCGCUGAGUGCCCAGACCCUGGUCCGCACUGAGGUGGAGGAACUGUAUAAGGAAGUACGGUCCCUGGGCCAGGGCCGGUACGGCCGUGUCCUGCUGGUUACUCACCGUCAGAAAGGUACACCCCUGGCAUUGAAGCAACUCCCAAAGACCUCUACGUCCCUCCGUGGUUUCCUGUAUGAGUUCUGCGUGGGCCUCUCGCUUGGCACGCAUUCGGCCAUUGUGGCAGCCUAUGGCAUUGGCAUCGAGUCAGCCAACUCCUACAGCUUCCUGACAGAACCUGUUCUCCAUGGAGACCUCAUCACCCUCAUCCAGCCCAAGGUAGGCCUUCCACAGCGAGCAGCCCAGCGCUGUGCACACCAGCUGGCCUCUGCCCUGGAGCAUAUUCACUCCCAUGGCCUGGUAUACCGGGACCUCAAGCCAGAGAAUGUGCUGGUGUGUGACCCAGCCUGCCAGCGGGUCAAGCUGACUGACUUUGGUCACACCCGGCCCCGAGGGACCUUGCUUCGCCUGACAGGGCCACCUAUCCCCUACACGGCCCCUGAGCUAUGUGCCCCACCACCCUUCCCUGAGGGGCUACCUAUCCAACCUGCCCUGGAUGCCUGGGCUCUGGGGGUCCUGGUCUUCUGCCUCCUCACUGGUUACUUCCCCUGGGACCAGCCUCUGGUGGAGGCUGACCCUUUCUAUGAGGACUUCCUCAUCUGGCAGGCUUCUGGCCAGUCCCAGGACCGGCCACAGCCUUGGUACGGCCUGUCACCUGCAGCAGACACUCUCCUGUGGGGGCUGCUAGACCCUCAUCCCCGGAAGAGGAGCCCUGUGAGCUCCAUCAAGGGCUACCUGGGCCAAUCUUGGAAGCAGAGGGAGGGGAAGGCCGAGGAGCUGGCAAAGGAACUGGGAGAGGAUGGGCUGUGAGGGGGCCAGGAGGCUCCGAAGCAGAAGAUGCCGACAUGGAGAGCUCUGCACUGCCUGGCUAUGGCCCCUCCUCUGUCCAUGUCUAUCUGCUCUAUAUGUAGUCUCUGUCCCUCCCUCCCUUUCUGUCUCUCUCUAUCUGACUGUCUCUCUCUGAUUCUGUGUGUGUGUCUGUCUCUCUGUCUCUCUCUGUGAGUAUGUGACGGGGAUCGGGAUAUCAUGUGUCCUUCCAUCUCUGCCCCACUUGUUGGAGCCUUUUGGGGUGCCUGACCAUCAUGCCCUUGAGCUCACUACGUGGUUGAGGCUGGCCUUGUACAUUUUUACUUAUUUAUUUUGUAUGUGUGUGUACACCACAGUGCACAUGUGGAGGUCAGAGAACAACUUGCAAGAGUCAGUUCUCUCCUUCUACCAUGUGAGUCCCAAAGACUGAACCGAACUCUUGUCUGUCUUCAAGUAACUUGGCCCGCUGAGCCAUCUUGCUGACCCUGGCCUUGAACUCUUGAUCAUCCUGCCUCAGCCUCCUGGAUCCUGGAAUGACAGGCAAUGCAUCAUGCCCAUCUCUCCCGCAUAGCUUGGCUGCACACAGUCCAUCCCACCCCUGGUCCCACCCUCCUCAGGUAGUGUCCCUCCCACCCCCAGGUAAUGCUGCCACCGGGACUUCUCAGUCCUCAGCCCCACCUUUACUCUGUGUUCUUUUAUUUAUUUGAGUGCUGUGCCUCUUCUAACUGUAUAAUUACCGUGGUUAUUUUCUGAGCUGCCAGGGGGCAAGGUCCUGGCUUCCAAUGGGCACUACAGCCUCCUGCCCUGGGUACAGCAGCCAGCUACUGAAGAUCAGCCAAAUAAGCAAACACUUCUGGUCCAGCUCUGCCUCCCCUCCAUAGGCCUCCCACUCUCUGUCCUCCUGCCUGUGUCUUCCCAUCUUUCCAUCUCACAGAGUUUCACUCCCCUGGAAUCCACCUGAGUGUGGGACACCACACCCCCUUGUGAGGUGCUUUGCCCAC